ACAAAUUCUCUUCCAUUUUAGGACGUAGAUUAAAGGUAAUUCCACUCCCUAAAGCAUUGUGCAGUGGUAUUAAGUGUUCCCAUUCUCUCUCUCCCUCACUCUCCCCACUAAUGUCAGUAGUCGUGAACGCGCACCGCCAGACCUCCGCUGUUGCUGCGUGCGUGUCCACGCUUUAUGAAGGCGCGCCCCCGCGCUUCCUCAGGUGAAUGGAGAGAGGGACAGGACAGUCCUGUGUGCGUCUCUGGCCGAGCUGAAGUGACAAAAAUGGGGCUUCUCGGACUGACCAGGACGGGGGUGUACAUGACAGUCUGCCUUCUGUGGAUGACUGGAUGCUUUACCCAAAAAGUUUACUUUGAUUGUGGUGCCAGGGUGGAUGUUGUGGAUGUGCAGGGCCUCAUUCUGUCACCUGGCUUCCCAUAUAACUAUUCAUCUGGAACUCACUGUGUCUGGCAGUUCUUUGUACCUGUUGGUCACCAGCUAAUUAUGGAGAUGUUUGAUUUUGAUGUCUUUGAGAGUCACAACAGUCCUGCAAGGUAUACCACCACAUCUGCUGCCAUUGUGGAUGAGGAACCAAAUGAUGGUGACUCGCUGGUAUCAAAAAGCCUCGGGAGUCUAAAGGAACCCCAGUCCACACACAGAGAGGAUGUCAAGCAAGUGGUGAUCCAAGAGCAGUCCACCAAAAUGGAGAUGACCAAAGUUUCCAAUUCUGCCAAAAUGCUUUCUGAUUCCCCCUCAGCUCCACAAGCAUCUCUUCCAGUUGAAAACAGAAAUUCUAUUUCAUCUCAGGCAUCAAGAGCAGCCAGUGACUUUAUCUCUACAAGCCCACAUACAGCCACAGAAACAGAUGACGCAUUGAGCACUGAGACCCAGUCAACUUUGAUUGAUGCCUGUCCCCAUGAUGUCCUCUACAUAUCUGAUCUCAUCACCUUCUCCUCCCGAUUCUGUGGCUCUAGACGCCCUUCUAGCAGCCAGUUGGUGUUUGGGUCUGAUGAUGACAUGGUGGAAGUCAUUAUGGAGUUGAUUACCACUACUCACUGGGGCCGUGGUUUUGCUCUCCUCUUCCAUUAUCAGAAUCAAACACAGGCAGCCACAAGCGAACGACAGCGAUCGCUAGUGCCCUCAGACAGCAGAACUGGUGCACUGCUCGGUGCUGUAAGUGGAACAGUUGUGUUUGCUUUGGCCCUUGCUGGCAUCCUCUGUGUGAUUUUCAGGCCAAAACUAUGUGCAAAAGGUGCCAAUGCUUCCUCUUCCAUCAGCUCAGAGGUUCCAGAAGGAGUGCUAAAUUCAGCGGCAGAUGUGAGUGAACUUCAGAUGGUUUCUCCUAAUCACUUGGAGCAGCAGUCGGGUACAGUGAACGACAACAACAACCAUUCCCUCAACCGCAGUCUGUCCCAUACAGGUGCUUAGUGUCUCUUUAUAUGACCCUCUGCCUUAUUCUCUUUUC